AUGGCUGACUUCGUUUGGAUAAUUCAACGCUUUGUCUACCUCUAUGGUCGAUUGGUAGGAGUGGUUAACUUUACAGUGGACUGGCGAACAGGCCGAGCGAUGAUCACCCGCUGGGCCACGAUCCAGGCGGCGGUACAAAAUAUCUGUCUGAUCGGUCUGCUGACGUUCCAGCUCCUUCACGGCGAUACGGUACUAUUUACCUUUAAACACGCCAAAUACCUGCACGAGUACGUGUUCCUGAUGGUGACUGCGGUGCGCCAUUGGGCAGUUCUGCUCACGUUGGUCAGUCGAUGGCGACACCGUGGGGACAUCGUACUCAUUUGGAACCGAUUAUUCCGUGCGACUCAGCAAAGGCCUGAUGUGAUACCUCUAUAUCGUCGAAGGCUUAUUUUAAAGUUUAUAUUCGCCGUCCUGUCAGACAAUCUUCAUAUGGUAUUGGAUCUGAGCGCGCUCCGCCAGAAAUUCAGUCCGGCCCUGGCCCUGAAGCUGAUAGUCUGGUACCUGUUCACAACCAUAUUCAAUAUGAUCGUGGCCCAGUAUUACCUGGCCAUGCUGCAAGUCAAUGUCAGCUAUACACUGAUCAAGCGGGAUCUCCGUGAACUGCUGACGGAGACCCAAGCCCUCUGUGGGAGCACCAACCGUCGGGGCGGCGUGUUUGUUACCAAAUGCUGCGCCCUGUCCGAUCGGCUGGAUAGGAUAGCGGAGACACAGUCAAAGCUGCAGGCACUGGUCGACGGAAUGUCGAAGAUAUUCCAGAUACAGAGCUUCAGCAUGACCAUCGUCUACUACCUCUCUACGAUCGGCACCAUUUACUUCGCCUUCUGCACGAUCAAGUACAGCUCCACCGGACUGGGCGCCUCAAACUGGGGACUGCUGCUGAUCGUCCUCUCCACCACCUUCUUCUACGCGGACAACUUUAUCACCAUCAAUAUUGGAUUUAUUAUCAUGGAUUCCAAUCCAGAGCUGAUGAAAAUACUUGAAGAACGAACGUUAUUAUGCGAGGAACUGGAUGAACGCUUGAAGAGCUCGUUUGAGAGCUUUCAACUGCAGUUGGCACGAAAUCCACUGGAGUUCUAUGUAAUGGGUCUCUUUAAGAUUGAUCGCGGCCGCAUUAUGUCCAUGGCAAACGCUCUUAUAACCCAUUCCAUAAUAUUGAUACAAUGGGAAUUGCAGAACAAUUAA